AUGAUGAACCUCGAUGAAGAGGUCCGACUAUGGACCACCAAUACCGAGAGGGAAAGAACAGAAAACAUGGCAACCUUGUACAGUAUCAUUGUCAGUCUCGAGUAUCUGGAAAGGGCGUAUGUGCGGGACUCUGUCACUGGCAAAGAAUAUGCACCAGCAUGUAUCAAGCUGCUAGCGCAGUACAAGAGUCUGAUGAAGCUACUGGGUGAAGAUGUAGGGGGAGUUGAAAUGUUCAUGACAAGAUUCAAGAUGGAACACCCAGCCGCCUUGCAUCGACUGACAGUGGGAGUACCAGCAACUGUAGAGCAUUCUGCAGAGGCAGAAGAAGGAGGGGCGGAGAGAGGUAAAUGGGUGGCUGAAACGACACAGUCAUUCAUCACCUUCAUGGAUGCCCUCAAGCUGAAUCUACGCGCAAAAGACCAGCUCCACCCCUUCUUGACUGAGCUUAUGAGCGGCUAUUCGCGGUUCAAGGGGAGUCAAGAGUGGGAGGGACGGGGCAAGAUAUUGCAUUGGCUGAUAUCGCUGAAUGCCAUGAAGGCAAGCGAUGAGAUCAGUGAGGAGCAGUCACGGCAAAUGUCGUUCGAUAUUGAAAACGCCUAUAAUGAGUUCUUCCGGUCACUGAGCGGCAAGAGCUCGUAG